AUGGAGGUCCCAAACAAUGCGUCGCGACGGCGUGCAAUGCUCGAGGCAGUGGCUGGGAUGAACGAGAGCGAGACCGGCGGAGGGCCGGCGGGCGCGGGAGGGGAAGCAGCAGCGGCGCUUCAAAUGUGCAGCGCAGCCGCGAUCGCCAUGCCGCAGCUCCAGGUUCCCAAGCCAGGCUGGGGCCUCCAGGGAGGCCCUUUGCUUCAAGAUGCGGUGCGCUUGAGCGGUGGCGAAAACCUCAUCCUGCAGCGCGUGCUCGCUGCUUCCAGUGCACCAACCUCUGAAAGUGCGCAUGCGUUCAGCUUGAGGAGCGCAGUCACCACAGGCCGAUCAUUCUUGGACGCAACGCUGCCUCCAAUGCCAUGCCAGUGCCUCAAGCUACGCCUCGCAUCCCGCUGGCUUUCCCUCCGCUUCCGAGGCUGGUGA